AUGGACAAUCCCUUUGAUGCAAGGAACUCACCAGCGCCUGGGGGCUCAAAGAAUGAUAGUGCGUCUAAUCCGCUAGAGACCCCACGCUCGCCAUCUCGCUCCACAAGGAACUUAUCACCACCGAAACCAGGGGAUCAGUAUGGUACGUUCCCCUCAACGUCGCCAAGACGUCGAUACAACGGACGCUCGCUAUUUAGUGACCGAUACAUACCCAACAGAACCGGUGUGGAUCUCCAGGCGGCGUUCAGCUUAACGAAUCAGGAGGUUUUGCCUGAUUUCCGGGCAUCUCGAGCAUCUGGAGCAGGAAAUACUCUGUCAGCAAAUGCAGAGGAACGGGAUGCAAACGAAAUUGAAAUUCGAAAGGAGGAAGAAGCUAAUCGACUGUUCUCUAGUGUUCUAAAGGCAGAACUCUUUGGUGAUCAUGUCCCUAUGGCUACUGCGGACCUCUCUCGAUCGAAUGCUAGGCCAGAUAAGAAAAAUGACCUAGCAAGUAACAUGAGAUCCUCCAAUCACUCUUCGACCAUGCUCACCGCCGGCGGAAGCAUCCCAUCCUCAGGCAGGACUACUCCCCCACGAACAACGGCGAACACUGGUGUAAUGUCUACUCCUCGUCUGAGCACUAAUAUGUUCACAUAUCAGCUGCCCAGUAAGCAGAGACCCAUAUCAAGAGACCUACAACAUGAGCUUUUUUCUUUAUCUCCUGUGAGACUGGAGUCACAGAAGUUCUUACUCAGCCCACAGAAGAAACCCAGAAACAUUUCAAAGGUCCCGUACAGAGUCCUUGAUGCUCCUGACCUUUCGGAUGAUUUUUAUCUCAACUUAGUUGACUGGGGCUCUCAGGAUGUUCUUGCGGUGGGCCUCGGGGACUCCGUGUAUCUUUGGGAUGGACUGACGCAGUCUGUGGAAAGACUCUGCGUAUUAGAAAACAAGGACAAGGUCACAUCGCUCAGCUGGAUUGGGUCUGGAACCCACUUGGCUGUCGGUACCCUGAAAGGCUUGGUGGAGAUUUGGGAUGCCACGAAGACGAGAUGCGUACGUACCAUGACAGGUCAUAAGCUACGAGUCAGUGCGUUGGCAUGGAAUGAACACAUUUUGUCGAGUGGUUCAAGGGAUAGAACAAUUUACAACCGAGACGUCAGAAUCCUGGAUCACUACGUGAACUGUUUUGAGCACCACAAGCAAGAAGUGUGUGGCCUCAAGUGGAAUGUUGAAGAAAACAAACUAGCCAGUGGAGGCAAUGACAAUAAUUUAUUUAUUUGGGAUGCACUCAACACCAAGCCUUUACAUCAGUUCACUGAGCAUAAUGCUGCGGUAAAGGCAAUUGCAUGGUCGCCGCAUCAGCGUGGUAUACUAGCCUCUGGAGGUGGAACUGCUGAUAAGACCAUCAAAGUGUGGAACACUCUCACAGGUAACCGUAUAAACAAUGUUGAAACUGGAUCUCAGGUGUGUAACUUGAUUUGGUCAAAGAAUUCCAAUGAGCUUGUAUCGACCCAUGGCUACUCUAGAAAUCAAAUCAUUGUGUGGAAGUACCUGUCAAUGCAGCAGAUUGCGCAGCUUACUGGUCAUACCUACAGGGUCCUCUACUUAUCGAUGUCGCCAGACGGAGAAACGAUAGUCACCGGAGCUGGAGACGAAACGCUAAGGUUCUGGAACGUUUUUGAGAAGAAUCGGAAUAAUGAGCCUCCUGCUUCGGUGCUUUUGGACGCUUUCCUGCGCUUGCGGUGA